AUGGCUAUGAAGCGCGCUGCUACCUCUGCUAUCCGAGCUUUCUCGUCUCCUUCAUCAUCAGUUGGGAGUGUUGGCUCGUCAACUAGGCUUCUCCAUGCUUCUGCAGGAAGCAAAAAAAUUGUUGGGGUGUUUUACAAAGCAAAUGAAUAUGCUUCAAAGAAUCCUAACUUUGUGGGUUGCUUGGAAAGAGCUUUGGGCAUUCGUGACUGGCUGGAAUCGCAAGGCCACCAGUACAUUGUCACUGAUGACAAAGAAGGACCGGAUUGUGAACUUGAAAAGCACAUUCCUGAUCUCCAUGUCCUCAUUACUACCCCUUUCCACCCCGCCUAUGUUACGGCAGAAAGGAUCAAGAGGGCAAAAAACCUUCAGCUGCUUCUCACUGCUGGAAUCGGCUCUGAUCAUAUAGAUUUGAACGCAGCGGCGGCUGCUGGGUUAACUGUUGCAGAGGUCACAGGAAGCAAUGUCGUCUCAGUUGCAGAAGAUGAACUCAUGAGAAUCCUUAUUCUUGUGCGUAAUUUCUUACCUGGAUAUCAUCAGGUUAUCAAUGGGGAGUGGAAUGUGGCAGGUAUCGCCUACAGAGCUUAUGAUCUUGAAGGAAAGACAGUGGGAACUGUUGGUGCUGGACGCAUUGGAAGGCUUCUACUUCAACGGUUAAAGCCUUUCAAUUGCAAUCUACUGUAUCAUGAUAGACUUAAGAUGGAGCCAGAAUUGGAGAAUCAGACGGGGGCAAAGUUUGAGGAGAAUCUUGAUUCAAUGCUUUCUAAAUGUGAUGUAGUUGUCAUCAACACGCCACUUACGGAGAAGACAAGGGGGAUGUUUGAUAAAGAAAGGAUUGCAAAGAUGAAGAAAGGAGUUCUUGUUGUUAACAAUGCCCGAGGAGCAAUCAUGGAUACUCAAACAGUUGUCGAUGCCUGCUCCAGUGGACAGAUUGGAGGUUACAGUGGAGAUGUUUGGAAUCCGCAACCAGCUCCAAAGGACCAUCCAUGGCGUUACAUGCCAAAUCAUGCAAUGACCCCCCAUAUUUCUGGAACCACUAUAGAUGGACAGCUGCGGUAUGCUGCUGGAGUUAAGGACAUGCUUGAUAGAUACUUCAAGGGUGAAGAUUUUCCUCCACAAAAUUACAUUGUCAAGGAGGGCAAACUGGCUAGUCAGUACCUGUGA